AUGAGGGCAAAACUCGCUGCUCUAGACAGAACAGAAAUUGGCCUCAGUAAUGCUUCGACUUCAACAUCGGUUUCUCAACCGAGCUUCAUCUAUACUUGGUUUGAGAACAUCGGUCUCUUCUCUCCGAGCUCCUCGAUCGAGGAUCAAUUGCGCUCCCAAAACUUCCGAGCUCGUUAUCCUCGCCAACGCCUCCGACGUAUCUCACUUUGGCUAUUUCCAGCGAGCGUCAAGGAGUUUGUCGUCUCUGUCGAUUGCACCGUCGCCAGCCUAAACCCUCCUUCCCCGCGCCAAUCCGUUCAGCACGAAGGAAAUGGCCUUUGUGCGGUGGGAUUCAUGGACGAUCAUUACCAUGUUCGAAGUGCCUUUUCUCUUCUCAAUGAGGUCCUAGAUGAGUACCAGAAGAUGAAUGAUCUUCUUAAUACUCUUCUCAACACUAGAAGAGAAUUCAGUGAAGGAUUAUAG